UUUGACAAGGCCUGUUGCAUUACCCGAUAAUGCAGCUGACGAUUUGUUGUUGUUUCAUCUUUACAGUGCAAUGACUUGCACACGUGCAAACGGGCUUUAUUACAUUGCACACCCACACUGGCCACAGGGAAACUUUUAAAAUUGACACUGUUGCUUUAAUCCCCGACUUCAUGACCAAGCAAAGAGGUACAUGUAAUUUCCCGUGGUUUAGAACCGAAAGGCAAAGGAGCAGCGGAAAUGAAAUCUAAAGAUUCUGUCACUGUUAACUCUGGGAAUGAAAACACGAUUGAUCCCAAAAGCGUUCCUUGGUGGACCUCCAGUCGUCUUGGUCUGGCUGUCCUGGGAUUUUUUGGGUUUAUCAACAUCUAUGCCUUGCGAGUUAAUCUCAGUGUGGCCAUUGUGUGUAUGGUCAAUGCAACAGCCGUACGAUUGAAUUCCAACAGCGAGAGUGAUAGUGUCAACAGCACAAAUUCUAUCAAUUUCCCAAGUAGUUGUGGAUUGAUUUCAGCAGAUGCUAAUGCAACUCUUGUGAGAAAAUUUGAGGAUGGUGACAUUAUAUGGGAUAAGACAACUCAGGGACUUAUUCUCGGGUCCUUUUUCUGGGGUUACCUGGCAACACAGAUAUUUGGGGGAUGGUUAGCCGUGAAGUUUGGAGGCAGAAGAGUCCUCGGCAUCAGCAUGGCUCUCUGCUCUCUCUGUACAUUCUUGACUCCUAUCGCAGCCCACACUGGAUACGUAUUUCUGAUGAUAAUCCGAAUUAUUCUGGGUAUUGGCUCAGGAUCAGUUUUUCCUUCCAUGCACACCAUAUGGGGAAAAUGGGCCCCACCCCAGGAGCGAAGUAAGCUUACUGCAUUUACAUAUGCAGGGGCUCAGGCAGGAAUAGUGGUGACAUUCCCUGUAUCUUCUCUGUUGUGUAAAUAUGGUUUUGCUGGUGGAUGGCCUUCCAUAUUUUACAUAUUGGGCAGUACAAGCUCUUUAUGGGUUGUACUAUGGAUGGUACUCACUAGUGAUUCACCUGAAGAACACAAAAGGAUUUCAGAUGUAGAAAGGCUCUACAUUAGGCAGUCACUGCAAAACACAGUUCACAAAAAGGGACCAGGAAAAAAGCUGAAAGUGCCAUGGAAGAGCAUAUUUACUUCAAUGCCAGUUUACGCCAUCAUAAUGUCCAAUAUAGCCUCUGACUGGGGAGGAUACACACUUUUGACCAACAUUCCUACCUACAUGAAGGAAGUUCUUAAACUUGACAUCACCUCAAAUGGAUUCUACUCUGCUUUACCUUACAUUGGAUUUUGGGCCAUGAUUAACAUCGCCGGGAUGCUAGCAGACUUGAUACAGAAACGUUUCUCAACCACCUUGACCCGCAAAAUUUUCGACAUCACAGGUAAGGUGACUCCAGGCCUCCUGCUUAUUGGUCUGGGCCACCUGGACUGUACAAUGAAAGGUCUGGCCAUUGCCCUUUUGGCCAUAGGUGUAAGCUUUUCUGGACUUCAGUACAGUGGAUUCCUCAUCAACCACAUGGACAUUGCUCCAGCUUACGCAGGAAUCCUGUUUGGAAUUUCCAAUUCUGCAGGAGCAACCAUGGGCUUUAUAUCUCCAGCUGUGGUUGGACUAAUUACAGAGAAAGGCCAGAGUAUUGUGGAAUGGCGGACAGUUUUCUACAUUGGGGCAUCUAUUUACCUAACUAGUGCACUCUUUUACCUGAUCUUUGGAUCUGGGGAACUCCAGAAAUGGGCCGUGGAAGAGAAAACUCUGGACGUAGAAGAACUGAAUAUGCUGGAAGACAAAACAGAAACUAAAAAUAGCAAAGAACCUGAAAGUUAGACAACAACUAAAGGCGUUCCCAUCCAACAUUUUACAACAAUACAGUCACGCACUUGUACGUUUAGUACAAUGUACAUGGAGUUUAUGUGUUAUAUUAGUUCAAGAAAUACUAAAUGCAUUCAUUUUUACAAGAUCAAAAUUAAUGUAGUUUGAUUAAUUAGGGAAUGUGAAAAAUCUUGCAGUUAGUUUUUCUUUUAUUAUCUUUUGAAAACAGUUUUGGGCAGAAACAAGCCAACUUAAGAAAUAUUUACUUUUUGAUCCUCAAAUGUAAAAGACAUCCUCCUUUAGAAAAUGUGGAAGACAUCCCACUUUAGAGGUUAUUAAAGCUUUGACUAAAUUUCAUAAUUUGAUUUUAGUAAGCAUAAUUUAUUUGCAUGAAUGCCAUAAAUGAUUUACAUGCAUUAGCAAUUAAUUUAAAGCUGCAUGGUCCAAUUUCUUGGAUAUUACAGUAUCAAAUAAUUUGCCAUACAAAACCAAUCAUCUUAGUAAGUUAUAGACUUUCGCUUAUCUACACCAGAGUCGGUCUCAUUUCAAUGUAAUAAAUAUUCAAAGUUAAUAAAAAUUCUUUAUUAAUGGUAACACAAAGAAAUCAAACCAGUUGCAUCAUGGGCAUGUUUAGGAAAGGAAAAAUGAACAUCCAUUUCUAGCUCACCUGAGCAGAAAGCCAAAGAAAAAAAAAAACCCAAAACUUUUGUGAAGCAUCUUCAUAUCCUCAGGCCCUGCUGUCACCGUGUUUCCUCAAGUCAAUACUCUGCCUCAAGUCUGAGUUUUGACUUAAAAUGUAUGUUUUGAGAAUUUGAGUUGUGGACUGAGUUUAGGGAUGGGAAAUUUUGGUGACGGCGGGGGGGAUCAGGUAUAGUUAGACUCAGGUUUGUUCCAGUUAUGAUUCUCAGGGGUAGGGCUUGGGGGGGGGGGGGUCUUUUUACAUAGGAAUUUAUAGAAAAAUUAUAAAAAGAAAUGAUCUUUAAAAACGUUCUUCUCAAAAACUGAUGCACAGAAAGGGACUAUGUUUCAGCAAUAUUUAACAUAAUUAAGAAUAUGUAGAGUGUAUUUAAAAAUCUGUUUGAACAAGAUUUUCCAGAUAUUUUGUAUUUGAUACUUUACACCUAAUUUAAUCAGGGUAUCGAAUAUUAAUUGUUGCUCAGAUGAUCGAUGUAGUCCAUGGGCCUCGAGAUCUUAUUGUGACAUACAUAUACCUCCGAAGUCUCAUAAUCGAUUAAAAGUAGUACAUUCAUCAUUAGCUGCAGGUCUGUAGCUCUUGGUCUGAAAAAAUUUGGAUGGACGUCCCAAUUUUAUUAGACUGGGAGCUACAGACCUGCAGCUAAUUCAUCAUGUGAUGAAGUCCCAUGCAGUGAUCUCAAACGUAUGUUUUGGUUUGUUAAGUUUGUAGUAAGAAGUAAAGCCCUUAUAUUUUGAUUGAACACAUUUGUCAUUUAGUAUGUGUUACCAAGGUAAAUACACUAUAAAUUGGGCUAUAAACAUAUACCAGGGGAAAAGAAAUAUAUCAUUACAUUUGUGUUCAUGCUCAAGUUUAAUUACAUGGUUUACUGUUUAAUAGAUGUAUUUUCCACAUAUACAAAGCAUCUAUCUACUGUAGAUUCCUAAUUUAACGCAAGGAAUUAAUAUCUGCGUAAAAUUGGAGAAACGCAUCGCACAAAUUUUAAAAUCUCACUUUUAUUUUUUGAACAUAAGUAAACUACAUGAAACUGUGAUGAAAAUUCGGCAAUUUUAUGUUCUCAUGAUUUGAUGGAAACUGGUUGAAUCCGAAAUUAAGUUCUCUUGUAAAAUAAGGAAACUACAGUAUGUAACAUGCAGCAGGGAAUUUAUAUACACACCUUUGUUGUAUUUACUUUAAUAAAGCUAUUUACAUUAGUAUGAAGCAAUAUAUUUUUUUUUUGUCAAAAGAUGUUAUUUCUCUGAUGAGUAGUCGUGCCACUUUUAUGGUUGUUCUUUCCUUGUGCCAUACAAUAUCUCCAAAUUUAUCAAUGUUACAUGUAGAAUGUAUUUUUUUACACUGUUUUAUUGUUUUCAAUUUAGUAAAGCUAAUUAGCAAUGUAUUUUACUCUCACUCAGAUGAGCAAUGUGGCCAGUAGACCACUUUAUGAUUUUCCUUUCCUUGUGUCAUAUGAUAUUUCCAAAUCAAUGUUACAUGUAGCAUGACAUUUUGACUCUAUUUUAUUGUUUUAAUUUAGUAAAGCUAUAAUUAGCAGUGUAUUUCAUUAUUGCUCAGAUGAGCAAUUACAAGGCCAGUGGGCCUCUCUUAAGGAUUUCUCUCCUUGUGCCAUAUAUUUCCAAUAUGAUGUUAGAAACAAAAGAAAUUAUAUUCUGUGAUUUUUAAACCAGAUUGACCAUAUUAAUUAAAAAUGACUGAAUAGAAAUUCAAAGUAAACAUAUUUUGAAAAACCUUUUGUACAAAAUGUAUUUGUUCAAUAAAAAAUGUUUAAAUCAGAAUUAAUCAAAUCAUAAGACUUGCAAAUUGCAAAUAUAAUAUGUAAAUCAAUCUUGUAACACGGCUUAAAAUAGCACAUAUAUUCCUAUAAGUAUGUAAUUUUUUGGGUUAAGUUGCUUUCUCCAAGGUAUUCUUUUUUCAUAAUUCAUACAAUUAUAUCUAGAGUCUGUGUAUGAUAAUACGGUUUUAUCAAAAAAAUGUGUGCUCUUUCUGCCCAUUCAUUUGAAAUAAAAUUCAUUCAAAGAAAUAUGAUGCAAUUUUUUGUGACAUCAUAAUUCAAAGAAAAACAUGUUUUUCUCCCAUAUUUUCUGUUGGGAAAAUUAAACAAUUUAACUUUUUAUUUGAAUCACAGUUUACAAGUUUUGGCCAAAUACUUUUUAAUUUAAACAAUUUUCAAAUGGUAGAAGAUUUUCUGGGACAUCCUGUUUAUGUAGCAUUUAAGAAUUAUUUUACAGUCAAUGCUUACAAUCUUGUACACAGGUAUACUUUACAACAAAAUGACACUGCAUGAUCAGCCAUGCUACUUUUUGUUCUCAUAUGUUUACAUCAAUAUUUCUAUUAGUGCUUUUUUAAAUAAAAUCCAGGUUGCAUUUUUGUUUCAUAUAAAUGCACUUAUAAGUUGACAUUAUCCUUUUUUGUUGUAAAAGAUUCUUAAUUUGUUUUCUUCUUUAUUACAGGUUGUACUGCUAUAUUUAUUUUUACUAUGAUAUAAACAGCAUUAAAAUAUAAUAUUAAAAAAAAUUGUGUUAUUUAUGUAAAGAUUUAAUUUGUAAAGGAUAACAAAAUCAUCAACAAUAUGCAUAAAACUAAAAU